GUCGCUGUAGUUCCUUGCUGCUAUACUGCUGGUGUUGCGGCGGUGGCUUUUGGAGAUUUUCCGGUGCCCUGUUGUUGGGAUUUACCGCUCUUCCCCAGCUGGCUCGGCUCUAAAGAAGCGUGCGCCUUUGGUAGUCGUUCAAUUGAUAGUCAUGGGACGGCCGAGUCAUCACUGAGAUGGAUGCAACGGACUCGCUUCUGAACCUUUCACAAGCUUCGCUACAAUUGACCUGAUCCCGCGCACUGGGGCCAACAGCAGAGAGGAUGGACACAACAUUGGCAGGAGGUGGGGGUGCACCCAAGGAGCCCGCACAGCCGCGCGUGCUGAGUGCGACGUGUCUCGACGAGGCGUGCUGUGCGCGCCUGUUUUUUCCGUCCUACGACCAGAGUGUCGAAUGCCCCCAGUGUGGCCAGCGCCACGACCGGACAGCUCUGCGUGACGUGCAGGAGGUGUCCAAUCCGGGAAUUGCCUUUCACUCGCUCAUCCGAAACAUCCUCAUUAGCAACCUUGUGCCCAAGCACGGCGAAGACACCAUUAAGGUGCGUGGAUUGUCUAACUACCACUGCAAGCUCGUCUCGCCGUUGCUCACCACGUAUGGCAUGGACAAGCAAUCCGGCAAGGCCCGACUGCUAUCGGAGAUGGGUGCGGGCACCUACUUCGACUGCAGCGUGCUGGGCGUGCGUGCCUUCCGCAUUGACCCCGAGCUGGUUGACGUGGCGGGCUACGGCAAGGACGUCUCAGGGAGUCUGUCGUACCUGCGCGGCACUCUGGCCCUUGUGAGGGCCCACAAUGAUGGAGAGGACCGGCUUUUGCCCGUGCAUGUAGACGGAGACGGCCACUGCCUGGUGCACGCAGUGUCACGGGCACUGGUCGGCCGGGAGCUCUUUUGGCACCCUCUGCGGUGCCACCUCAAGCGGCACCUGGAGGAGCACCUUUCAAAGUACAAGGAGCUGCUCAAGGACUUUGUGGACGAAAAGGAGUGGCCCGCGAUCAUAGCUGAGUGCGACCCCGACUUCCUGCCGCCCGAGGGGGAGCUGCUGGGGCUGCGCAACAUCCACGUGUUCAGCCUGGCGAACGUGCUGCGGAGGCCCAUCAUCCUGCUCGACUCGCUGGCAGGCAUGCAGAGCCCCGGCGACUACGCCGCCCUCUUCCUGCCCAGCCUGGUGGCGCCUGAACAGUGCCGCGGGGGGCCCUGCAACCGCAGGAACCCGCCCCUCUGCCUCUCCUGGAGCUCGUCGGGCCGCAACCACUACAUUCCGCUGGUCGGCGUGCGCAUGGGCGACAAGCUUCCACAGAUCCCACGGUCACUGCUGCCCAAGGCAUGGGGGGUGCCGCACUGUCUGGUCGACUCGUACAUCGACUUUGAUGCCAAAGGUUGCUGCGUUGUUGGCGGCGACCACCAGCUGUCUGAGGGCUACCUGAUGCGGCUGACUGCGGCCAUGGACGAAGUGUUUCAGCAAAAGUAUGGUGUGCACCCAACCCUCGUCGCUGAUGUUCAUCACUACGUCUACAAACGGACGGGUGUGGUGGGCGUCCACUCGUCGCUGGUAGUGAGGGCAACACAGAAGGCCCUGGCCGAGCGGCGCCUCUACCGCUGCCUGACAUGCAACGCGGUCUGCGAGCACCACGUGUCGCCCGAGUGGUUCCGGCCAGGAGGCCUCCUCUACACCACCUUGCAAGAGAGCGUCAUGAACCCGAUGCCAGAGAAGCUCUACACCUUCGAGCAGUACGGCGUCACUUGCUGGUACAACCGGGAAAAGGACGAACUAGUUCCCGUGAUAGCAAAGAACACGCUGGAACACUGCACCUGGUGCAAAAGCACUCAAGUCCGGCACCUCCGUGGCGAUGGAACCUUGGAGCUCCGGAACGGCGAUCGCACCCGCACGCCUUCAAAUUCCAAGUACUGCAGCUGUGGCUUCAAGCACUUCUGGGAUGGCAAGGAGUACGACACCAUGCCCUUGCAGAUUACUGUGUCCCUAGAGUGGAACGACAAGGUGGUCAAGGACACGGUGUUCUGGUUCCAGCACGAAAGCGAUGCCUCACUCAACAGCAAUGUGUACACGGUCGCCCUGAAGGUGGUCAACAAGCAUUUUCCUGGCGUGUUCGGCUCGGAGCGCCUUUUGCAGCAAGUGGUAGACCAGAUAUUGGAGCAGACUCGACUGCCCGAGGAUUCAAUGGAGGAGGACCGGGCGGAGGGCAGUGACUUAGAGGCCGGCGGUAUUGGACGCUGUCGGUCGCCCCACCGACCUCUCACCACUCCGUCGAGUUCCUCUGCUGCAGCUUCCAAGUUCAUCAUCAAGGGUUACAAGACGCUGCACAAAGAAGAGCUGGGUGUCAGCGAGACGGAGCGCAGGCUUCUCGAGCGAAUACAGGGUCAUGCCACCACGUCCAGGAGGAAACACGGGUCGCCCGAGAGAGACCGCCAGUCGGCCGUGUCUGCUGCGUCGGCCACGUCGCCAAUUUCUGUUGUGUCCAACGCUUCGCUCUCCAUGGCACAGCCUACGGUUGUGGAACGGCCUAACUUCGUGCGCGUGGUCACUUCCGAUGGGCGGCAGGGUCAGCUGAGGCCCAGUGCCUUGGGCAUCACACUCGCCGAGCUCCAGGCAUGGGUGAGCGCGGAGUUUGGAAUCCCUGCCGAGCGGCAGCUACUCAAGAGCGGCAUCCCGCCACGAGUGCUCGCAGAGCCCUCCGAUGGCGGCACCCUGUCGCUCUCCCAUGGCGACCGCGUCAUUGUCGAGGUCAUCGGGACCGACCCCUCGGUCAGCGGUGUGGCACAGGGGGGCCCGCUUAAUGCAGCCAGUACGAGUGUUGCCACUCUGGAAGGUGACCUAGUGAAGCACUUGCAAGAGGCCCAGAAAAUCCUGUCUUUGGAGUCGGGCCUGCGAGCCAUGCUGGGCCACCUGAAAGGGACAGGGGCGACGGUGUGGUCGUACGCACAGGAGAACGAGUGGCUGUUCUGCCGCGGAGGCCUGUUCUACGCUCAGAUGCAGCGAGACGUGGGCCUUGUCGACGGCAAGCACUGUCAUCUGCCACUCAUUCCUGACAAGGUGUUCACGUACAACGCCAAGCAUGACCGCCUUGAGCUGUGCUUCGAGCCGUACGGCCAUUUUGCCAUCGGCCCAGACGUGGAGGCCAAGAUUGCAAGCGGACAGGUCGGUAGCACGGGUCAGCACCACCAAAGCCCGACCACGUCGCCCACUUUGGCAAUGGCUGCCUCUGUGUCAUCCACGGUGGCCGCGGAAGGAGCAUCUAUUCCAGCGGAGAGCUCGAACACUGCGGGCAGCUCCUCAGACGAGAAGUCCGCCGGUGUCGUCUCCAAACCGAGCAGGACGGUGGUGCGCAAGGGUCCCGGCUUCACGGUGUUGGCCCCCGCUUCGCCGGAGAAACCGAGGAAGACGGCAGAGUACGAGCACAGCGAGCAGGAGCGGGCUCUGGAACAGCUCCAGACGGUCGUCUCCAUGCUCCAAGACCAAGAAAGCAGGGCCGUCAUCGAAGCGGAUCCUGAGCCCAGCUGCAGGAGAAGGGGCGACAACGAAGAUCCUGAUAGAAUGGACACGGACUGACCCGCCUCGCCCUCCGUCUUGCCAGAGCAGUUUGGCGAAAGAGAGCAAAGAAAGGAAACAUUGUUGCGUUGUGAUAGGCUGAGGUUUUUGUACACAAAAGUUCCUGCGCGUGCAUGUACUCUGUUUGAUAGUCUAAAAGUCCUCGUCGUCACAGGUGUGAUCAGGGAGGUUUUUUAGACCUACGCUUGCAGAGUGCUAACGGGUACGGUGCUGAACGCGCAUCUCGUUUUUGUUUUUUGGAGGUUUUUUUUGGCAUAGAGCAGUGUUGGAAGUGCAAGACGCCCGAGUAGGCUUUAUUUAUGAACAUCUAGUCCAUACCACUGACCGUACAUAUUUGACGGUGAGAUUAACAGGUUGAAAGUCCUCUCGGAAGGGAGUGAGACAAGCGCGUCUUAUUCCCUCAGCUGUGCAUACAUGUAUCUAUAUUCCGCAAUUGUACUUUGAAAAGGGCUAUAGUGUUCUUUUUUUUUUUUUCAAGUGUACAGUUACGAGCGUGCGUUUAACCUUUGUGCAUUGUACUUUAAGCUGAAUAAAUUGAUUGAUUUUGAUCUUUCUA